AUGACAACAAGGGAGGAGUGUGUUUAUAAAGCUAAGCUUGCUGAGCAGGCAGAGCGGUAUGAUGAGAUGGUGCAUGCCAUGAAGGAUGUGGCUCAGCAGAACAUGGAAUUAACAGUUGAGGAGCGGAACCUUCUGUCUGUGGCAUACAAAAAUGUCAUUGGUGCCCGCAGAGCUUCUUGGAGGAUUAUCAGUAGCAUAGAACAGAAAGAUCAGGGCAAACUGGCAGAGGAGUUUCAGGAGAUCACAAGGGAGUACAAACAUACUAUUGAGCAGGAGCUAAACCGCAUCUGUCAUGAUGUCCUGGAUAUAAUUGACACCAACUUAAUUCCAAAUGCAGCCACCGGAGAAUCCAAGGUCUUUUAUUAUAAGAUGAAAGGUGACUACCACAGGUACCUGGCUGAGUUUGCCACUGGCAAUGACAGGAAAGAAGCUGCCGAGAAAAGUUUAGUCGCUUACAAAGCUGCCAGUGAUAUUUCGAUGACAGAGUUGGCACCAACACACCCUAUACGUCUGGGCCUGGCUCUCAACUUCUCAGUAUUCUAUUACGAGAUCCUGAAUUCCCCAGACCGUGCUUGCCGACUAGCCAAAGCAGCUUUUGAUGAUGCUAUAGCAGAGUUGGACACAUUAAGUGAAGAGAGCUACAAGGAUUCGACAUUGAUCAUGCAGCUGCUAAGAGAUAACCUCACUCUGUGGACGUCAGACAUGCAGGGAGAUGCUGAUGUGACAGAGUCGACAGUACAGGACAUCGAAGCAGCGGAGGAAUGCUCCUAA